AUGGCAGGAGUGGAUAUGAAGGGAAGUCAAGUUAUGGGGGGCUCUACGGGAAGAGGGGGCGCAUAUGCACUGUCGCUUAAAGCGGCAAACGAGGCCAGGAUAAUGUAUAGUGGUAGCGAGAGGGUGACGAGGAAGAAGGCCAAGAGGGAAAAGGCAGCGAGUGCCAUCUGUGUGGGCAUGGGUAUACCACAAGCAUCCAACCACAAAAACCACCGCGAACCUGGGCAAGAAGACAAAACUGUUCGUCAGAACAAGAAUAUAGAGGUCACCAGCAGUGCCAAUGUAUUUAGUCACCAGAUGAAGUCUAGAGUGAAUGAGUAA